AUUAAUUUGCUGUUUAUUUCUGACAGCUGCUAGAAUUAUUACAUCUACAUCAUUACCUACUUAUUGACUGACAGGAUGUACUGGCUGAACUCACAUCGACAGAAUAACACAUUUGUGAGCUAAUGCUGUUGCUGAUGGAAUAUUGAUCAUUAUAAACACCAAACAUUAUCAUACUAGGCCUAGGCCAGUACUUUCUAUAUAAAUAAACUGUGUUAGUUCCAUAAAUAGAAAUACACUCAACAUAGUUUCUUCCCAGAUCAGAAAUUGAAAGGCACCUGUUUUGGUCGCAUGCUGAGAAUCGUAUUGUACACACAUCAUCAGACUUUACACAGUGAAGCUUGUUUUUCACAUUAUGCCACUUUACAAAUAAGAAACCAUACAAAAUAUGAAAAUAUUCAGGAGCAAAUGAAAAAAAAUUGACAUAGCAUAUAUGAGCAAAUAAGCAAAGCACAUAAGGGACAUGGGCUGGAUGUCGUCCUAGUUAAUAAAAAAGCUCACAUGCAUCAGUAUCAACUUUCAGUAUGCUUGUUUCCUUUCUGAUCAGGAUAUAUGUUGAAUUUUAAAGAAAUUUUCUUGUUGUUGCAGUUCACCUUUAUGUUUCCGCUCUCUGUCCUCGGUUAGUUCAAGAAAAUAAUCAUGUUUGAAUAAGAGUGAGCAUAUUCAUGGAAAUGGGUCACGUCACACACUUACCUUAUCAUGUCCAGAUAAGCUUGCAUGUUGCCUUAGAGAGCUGUGUGAAAAGGGCAUCUGCUGUUAUGGUCAGUCAACCAUUUUUUUUUUUUUUUUUUUUGUAAUGUCAGUGAAACAAAAGUGUGUGCUAGACACACUGAUAAAUAAAUAAAUAAACUGACUUGCUCAGAACAUGGCCAUAUGCAGAUUUAACCACAACAUGACAGAAAUCAGGCAUUUUUUUAAUUAUUUUGUUAAUUUUUUUAUUUGUUAACUCCAUAUAUAUAGUUUAGUCAUGAAACACUUCUGAGCAGCUGAUUGGUUAACUUAAAGCCGAUUGUUUUGGCCAAUCGCUAUGUUUGUUCUAUUUACAUAACCUAUUUAUUUCUGUCCCGAACCGGACCAACUCAUUGCAGAGCGCCAUGGGAUUUUUCCUAGCCCUCCACCUUCCCCAGCACCACCUGCCUAGAUCUGCUAGUUGGUUCUCCCUGCUUUCCUUGCAGCAGCUUGAAUUCUAUUCACCGUAUUCGUGUGCAUUUUUCAGAUGUAUCCUCACUCAUGUAGCAGCGUAGCAGAUCUAGACUAAGCCUAAGUACACUGUAUAUAUAUAUAUAUAUGUGUGUGUGUGUGUGUGUGUGUGUGUGUGCACAUGCAAAAAUAAAAUUAUUUUCUAAUUUUAAUAUUAUAAUUGCAAAUAUAAUUAAAAAUAGACCUUGCCAAUGACCUUGUGAAAAGCAACAACAACACAGGCAGCAAAUGUUUUCUGUGGGAGUAAGAGAUUCAUCAGUCUGAUUACCAUUUUGAGUACACAGACUGUGACGUUUUGGGCUCUCGAUGGAGAGUGGCAAUACCCAACAAGCCAGAGACAUGCACUGGUCUACCUGAUCCAGUCAAAGGCACCCAAUGCACAUUCACCUGUAAUGAAGGCGAAUUUCUGGACAUGAGGACUCAAGAGUGUCAGAAAUGCGUCGCAGGGACCUAUUCUCUUGGGACGGGUGUUGCCUUCGAUGAGUGGGACAGUUUGCCCACUGGCUUUAUCAGCCAUGGCAUCAAUAUGAAUUUUGGAGACACUUACACAAAUUGCUCCAACUCAACAUGGAUCCCAAAAGGUGACUAUGUUGCCUCUAACACAGAUGAAUGUACUUCAACUCUUUCCUAUGCUGUGAGUUUAAAGAAGCCUGGAUCUGUGUCCUUCCAGUACUUCUAUCCAGACAGCCACAUGUUUUUUGAGUUUUAUGUUCAGAAUGACCAGUGUCAGUCUACAGACACUCAACGUCGCUGGAUGAGGAUAUCCGAAAGUGACUGGGAUAAUCAUUAUGUACAGCUGAGCAGUGGUAACAAUGUCUUGUACUGGAGAACAACAGGUUUCACUUUGGCUGCCAACACUGCUAAACCGGUUCUACUGAAGAACAUUGCCAUUUCAGGAGUCUCGUAUACAUCUGAGUGUUUUCACUGUAAGCCUGGCACCUAUAGUGAUAAACCAGGGGCUGCACGCUGUAUCCCAUGCGCUGCUAAUUCAUACUCUAAUAAGGGAGCCACUGCGUGUCAACCCUGUGAGGCAGACAAAUAUUCAGGGAUUGGUUCUGGAGCCUGUCUACAGCGACCGCCCUGCAAGGCGACUGAUUACUUCUAUACUCACAUACCAUGUGACUCCAAUGGUCAGACGCAGCUGAUGUACAAGUGGAUCGAGCCCAAGAUCUGCAGUGAGAGUGUGGAGGAGGCAGUGCAGCUCCCGGCCUCAGGGGAGAUGGUGGCCUGUCCUCCAUGCAAUCCAGGAUUCUUCCCCAACAACACCUCCAACUGUGAACCCUGCCCACAUGGCUUCUAUUCAAAUGGGACAGAAUGUUUUGAGUGUCCUGCUGGAACGGAACCAGUCGUGGGCUUUGAGUAUAAAUGGUGGAACAAGAUGCCCAGCAACAUGAAGAGUUCAGUCUUCAGCUCAGAAUACAGCAGUACUGAGAGGAGCACAGGCUGGGAGGUUGCGGGUGAGUACAUCUACACCACACCAAGCGAUCAGGACUCUGAUUACAUGCUGCUGACACUCACAGUUCCUGGAUACAGCCUGCCUCAUUCCCUGAGUGAAGACAAUGAGAGAGUCACGCUUUCCAGUAUAACAUUUGUGUUCGAAACUAAGUGUACAGCUGAUUGUAAACUGUAUUUCAUGGCAGGGCAGAAUGAAAGGAAUAAUAUGAUUGUGGAGAGUUGGUCAGGCACUAUAGGAAAGCAGUCCUACUCUUAUCUUAUUAAAAGCAACAACACUGUUAGCUUUACCUGGGGUUUUCAGCGCACUGGGGUCUUUAGCAUGAAAAAUGAAUACAGCUCUGACCUUGCUAAGAUCUACUCUGUUCACCUCACUAAUGUGAUUGGGGGUGUGGCCUCAGAAUGUCGACAGUGUGCUCUGGCUGAAACUGACUCGUGCGUGCCCUGCCCUCCAGGACACUACAUGUUGAACGGCACUGGAGUGUGUAAAAGCUGUCCCUCAAAUACCAUCAUCAGGCCUGAGCAGCCAGUAGGAGAGGAAGCCUGCAUACCUUGUGGACCCAAUACUUACAGUAAUGAAGGCCGUUCUGCAUGCAUGAGUGACUGUACACUAGCACUGCAUCAUAAAGAAGAGACCUUGCAUUAUAAUUUCUCUCCACUGGCAAAUGUCACAGGCUUCCAGAGCAGCCCACGCUUCACCAGUAAAGGGCUGCAAUAUGUCCACCAUUUCAGUGUGGCACUGUGUGGAACAGAAAACAGGGCUCUUGCAUCCUGUGUUGAAAAUGUGACUGAAAGCAAGAGGGAUGUAAAAGGCUACAUCUGUCAGUCCACUGUGGUGCCUUCUGAGAUCAGGGGUCAGAGCGUUGUGUCCUCUCAGCCCUUUACUAUUGGAGACACUUUAAUUGGAGUGACCACUAAAUCCAAAUUUGAUGACAUCUCGUCAUUGGACGGCAACUUUCCUGUUGAAUCAGAGCUGCCGGAUGUCAUAUUCUACUACAGGUCUAGAGAAACUACACAAGCAUGUAAAAAUGGAAGAUCAACCUCCAUUAGGCUCCGAUGUGAUCCCACUGUAACAGGGAAAGACCAUAUUUCCCUACCAAGUAACUGCUCAGAGGGCACCUGUGACGGUUGCUCCUUCCAUUUCCUGUGGCGCUCACAGCAUGCCUGUCCUCUCUGCUCUGAGAGAAACUAUAAGGAGAUUGUGAGUGCUUGUAUCCAAGGAAUUCAGAGGACUACCUAUGUGUGGCAGCAACCUCUGAGGUGCACUGGCGGGGUGUCGCUGCCAUCUCAGCAGAUUAGUGCCUGUGUGACACUGGACUUCUGGCUGAAGUUUGGUGUCUCCAUUGGAACUGUGGCUGCCGUAUUGCUCAUUACAAUUAGCUGCUACUUCUGGAAAAGGACACGCAAGCUGCAGUAUAAGUACUCCAAGCUAAUGAUGACUGCAGGAGAUAAGGAGUGUGAACUUCCAGCUGCUGAUAGCUGUGCCAUCAUGGAGGGAGAAGAUGCAGAGGAUGACCUCAUCUACCUCUCCAAAAAAUCUUUCUUCACCAAGAUCAAGUCAUUUUCCAGAGAGAGAACAUCAGAUGGCUUUGAUUCUGUUCCUCUUAAAUCAUCAGCUGCACAGGAGAUGGAGAUGAGCUAGAACUUCUCUGACGCAGGGAGAGCCAGCGGGAAAUGUUUGGCCUAUCUUGUGACAUCCUUGACACUAUAGUUGACAUUAUAACAUCAAUACUGCUUUUCCCAAAGAGACUGAGGGAAGCAAAUGACUCAAAAACAAGUCUGCCUUAUUCAAGAGCGCCCUUAUAAACAUGUUUGUUUCCACUGGGUCUGUAGAUUCAGCAAAUCCAAUCUACAUGCAGACCAAAGGCAAAACUGGCAUGAGAAGUUGAUUUUAAAAUACUUUUGAAAACUUUUUUUUUUUUAAAUGUGAGCUUUUUUUUUUUUUGUCAAGUUUUUUCAUUGUCAAGUUUUGAUAAUUGUAUAGGCCUAUAUAGGCCUACACAAAUUUUAUACCAAACACAGAUGCUUUUGAAAGAUGAUAAUGGAAAAUGCAUGUUGCCUUUGUUUUACAUGCCAUUCUGUUACAAAUAUCAAAUAUGAUCUUUUUCUUUCUGGGUCAGUGAUGUUGUUUUCAUGAAUCUGAGAGCUACACCUGCCUUAAAGGGUUAGUUCACCCAAAAAUGAAAAUUAUGUCAUUUAUUACUCACCCUCACGUUGUUCUACACCCGUAAGACCUUCGUUCAUCUUCGGAACACAAAUUAAGAUAUUUUUGAUGAAAUCCGAUGGCUCAGUGAGGUCUCUAUUGCCAGAAAUGUCACUGAAUUUCUCAAGAUCCAGAAAGGUACUCAAAACAUAUGUAAAACAGUUCAUGUGAGUACAGUGGUUCUACCUUAAUAUUAUAAAGCGACGAGAAUACUUUUUGUGCGCCAAAAAAACAAAAUAACGACUUUUCAACAAUAUCUAGCGAUGGCCGAUUUCAAAACACUGCUUUGAAGCUUUAUAUGUUUUUAUUUUUUGUUUUUUUUUGUAUCAAAUAAGUUGUUCGGAGCGCCAAAGUCACGUGAUUUCAGCAGUUUGGCAGUUAUAUACAUGACCCGAAUCACUGAUUCAAAACAAAAGAUUUGUAAAGCUUUGAAGCAGUGUUUUGAAAUCGGCCAUCACUAGAUACUGUUUAAAAGUCGUUAUUUUGUUUUUUUGGCACACAAAAAGUAUUCUCGUCGCUCCUACAGCUACUGUAGUAAGUACACCCUUAUCAGAAUGUGCUACCACGUUAUUUAAUGAGGUCAAAUUAAUAAUUAAUGUGGCAAUUAAUGACUACAGCAAGUCAGGACCUCGGUUUAAAGGAUGGUUCGUCUUACAGUCUUGUGCCCACAUCACGGCCUGGCUCGAACCCUCUUAGCUUUGGUAGAGACCCAGGCUUUGGGCAUGGGACGUUAUGGAGGGGCAGGUCCAAUGGAGGGGCAGUGCAUCACGAGUGGCUCAAAAUGUCCCUCAGAAUGAGCUACCACCUGUUUUGCAAUACAGUAUAUUCACACUAUUGCAAAGCUCCCCCACAUAUUCUGCUAUUCUAACUGCCUGAUUUCUGCCAUUGGUGUAACUAGCAGUGUGUGCUAAUAGACAAGAAGUGUACGCUUUUACACCAUCUUGCUGAUAACAUUUCUUUGGUCAUUUGGUAUUUGGUCAUUUGGCAAUUCUUUGGUCAUUAGUGAAUACACCCUGUAAGAGUGUGUUAUUUGUUUUUUUAUGCCAUCAUAAAAAAGCAUUGUUUUUUAUAUAGAUGUGACUUUGUAAUUGGGAAAUCAAAAUAGCCUAAAAUAAUUAAUCUGUGCUUUUUUUUGUUGUUGUUUUUUUUUUUGUUUUUGUUAAAUAAAAGUGUUUUCUAUCAAA